AUGACAACUGUAAUCGAUACGUUCCUCUAUCUUCAACGAGAUAUUGAACAGUCAUUUCAACGUGUUCAAACAAUCUUUAGUUCUUCGCAUUAUGAUAGACAAGAACUAGAUCACAUCUUUAAUCAUAUAUCAUGUACUCUUGAUGAUUUAGAAAAAGUAAAUCAAUUAAUUAAUUCAUCGUCUUCCGUUGAAAAUGAAUCUGUAAAUAUUACAUCUAAUCAAAAUGCUCCACUUUUAUUAAAUCUGUCUGAAAAUGAUUUUGAUGAUGAAAUUUCGAAUAGCCAAAUAUCUAUUAAAAAUUCAACAAAAAAAAUUUUUACAGUCGGCUAUUCAAAAGACAAUGAAGAACGAUUAUUAGUAACUAAUUCAAAUGCAACAAUAGAUCUUCAGCCAUCAUUCGAUGAACGUGAAGAUUUUAUUCAUCGUAUGAAACUACAGCGUGACUAUUAUAAAAAUAAAAUUCAAUCAAUAAACAACGAAACUCAAAUGGAAAUAAUUCAACUUGAUCAAACACCAGACGACCACAACAAUGAAGAUCAUAUUAUUCGUAAACAAGAUGAACAACUUGAACAAGUUCAUCACUCAAUAGUAUCUUUGAAAAAUUUAACACAAAAUAUUAAUUUUGAAAUAAAUGAUCACAUACGUGUUUUGGAUAAUCUUGAAACAGGUAUGAUAGAUAGUCAAGGUCAUGUAGAAAUACUAACAAAUCAAACAAAAACUUUUAUUCGAUCAUCAGCUGAUGAAGUUGGUGGACAUACAUGUCUAUUUGCUUUUGCUGUUGGGCUUUUUUUCAUAAUUGUUAUUUUAAUUCUGUUCUUCUAA